AUGCAUUUCUUUUUCACAAAAGAUAUACCGCUAGCUAAUGCUGCUGGUAUAUCCGCCGUGCCUCUGAUGAUUCUCACCGGUUUAGCACUUGCCGGUACGGCCGUGGUGUUAAUGGUUAUGACGCCGGUUUUUUUAGUUCUUAGCCCGAUUCUCGUAACGGCGGUUAUCACUUCGAGUUUCUUGGUGACGGGGUUCUUAGCUUCUGGUAGGCUUGGAGCAUCGGCGAUCGCCCUCUUCGUCUGGCUCUACAAAGAAUUAAUUAAGAAAGAAGAGUACUCUAGAUCUAUUAUGCAUGCGCGAGUUCGACCUAACGAGGAUAAUAUUGCGAAGCUCUCGAGAGGAGAUAAACCUCCGGAGGAAGAAAGGCUGCCGGAAAUAAAUAAGACGGCGGAUGAAAUUAAUUCGACUGGAAGAGACAAGGCCGAGGAAUACAAGCCGUCAGAGAUACACAAAUUGUCGCAGAGAGAUCAUAAUCCAGCGGAGGAAGAUAAAUCACUGGGAGUCAAGCAUGCGGAAGAAGGGCCAUUAAUCUCCGAGAUAUCAAAGAUUUUACUGGUGGAGCAAAAUUCAAUUGGCUCCAAGCGCAGCGGUCCAGGUACUUUCAAAAGAUCUCAUGAACUUGGAUUUGCCAUGGAUCCUGGUAAGCAUCUUUACGAGUAA